AUGCUCUUAUGGGAUGAUAUUAUUACAGAGACUCGCCAACAAUACUUCUUCUUUAUCAUUUUGAGGGAAUUCACUGAGCCAGUUGGUGAACAUGAUGAUAGUAACUCUCCGAUGAAAUCAAACAGCGAAUUUGUGGAGAAGAAUGCUGAAAAGACAAGCGGGCAUCAGGUCCUGUUGAUUGCUGCAGCUGACAAUUCAGAGGGUCUACCUUCAACCAUCGGACGCAGCUUUAGCCAUGAAACGAAAAUCGGGCCUUUGACAGAAGAGCAAAGGGCUGAAAUGCUAUUGCAUUCACUGCAAAAUAUUUAUGGACUCCAUUCUAAUACUGAUUUAGAGGGUAUUGUAAAAGAAAUAGUUGGACAGACAUCUGGUUUCAUGCCCAGGGAUAUGUGUGCUUUAAUUGCAGAUGCUGGUGCCAACUUAUUUCCCAGCAGCAAUGCUGAAGUAGACAAAGUUGAACCAGAAGUUGCAGAUAGUUCUCUUAGUUCAAAGGUGACGGAGGACAACGAGUCCGAAGUUUCAGCUAGAAAGCCUGAGAAAGAAGACUUGGUGAAUGCUUUGGAACGAUCAAAGAAAAGAAAUGCGUCAGCAUUGGGUACUCCAAAGGUUCCGAAGGUAAAAUGGGACGAUGUUGGUGGGCUUGAAGAUGUCAAAAAAUCAAUCCUGGAUACUGUUCAGUUGCCUCUCUUGCAUAAAGAUCUAUUUGCAUCUGGGUUACGCAAGCGGUCUGGUGUUCUUUUGUAUGGUCCUCCUGGAACUGGCAAAACAUUAUUAGCAAAAGCUGUUGCUACAGAGUGUUCCUUAAAUUUUCUUAGUGUGAAGGGUCCUGAACUGAUCACCAUGUACAUAGGCGAGUCUGAGAAGAAUGUCCGAGACAUUUUUCAGAAGGCCAGAUCAGCCCGUCCAUGUGUCAUCUUCUUUGAUGAGCUUGACUCUCUUGCACCAGCUCGGGGAGCUUCCGGAGAUUCUGGGGGUGUUAUGGAUAGAGUGGUUUCGCAGAUGCUUGCAGAAAUUGACGGCUUAAGUGAUUCAACACAGGAUCUAUUUAUUAUUGGUGCAAGUAAUAGACCAGAUUUGGUAGACCCGGCAUUUCUUCGCCCUGGUCGUUUUGAUAAAUUGCUAUAUGUUGGCGUUAACUCUGAUGCAUCUUACAGAGAGCGGGUACUGAAAGCUCUUACGAGAAAAUUCAAACUGCAUGAAGAUGUUUCACUUUAUUCCAUUGCAAAAAAAUGUCCACCAAACUUCACCGGUGCAGACAUGUAUGCCUUGUGUGCAGAUGCUUGGUUCCGUGCUGCAAAACGCAGGGUUUUGAAUGCAGAUCCAGAGUCCUCCAACCCAGAUAAUGAAGCAAAUUCUAUUGUUGUUGAAUACGAUGAUUUUGUCCAGGUCUUAGAAGAGCUUCAGCCUUCCCUCUCAACGGCCGAGCUUAAGAAUGAAAAAAUGGUAAAUGAAUUAUGGAGAAGCAUAUCUAUGUUUACUUAUGAGAACUGUUUCCACCUCAACAACCACUCGAGUGUAUGA